GUUUCUCAUUCCUUUUUAAUUACCCAGGUACGAGCACGAUCCAUCAACUGCGUUUUAUCAUUCUUGAUCCUAGAUCCAUUAUCCAUCUGGCGUUUUGGCAUGAUGUAACUUGAUCGCAAUCCUGACUUUUUCUCAGGAAAGUGUAAACACAUCUUUAUUUCCUCUGUCCAUUGAUGUUCAUUCUUUGCCCUGCUUUUCCUAUAGCAGUUUGACGAAGUUCAUGAACAGGGAAAAUAAUUUCCUGUUGAGAACUUGCGUGAGCAUACGGUGACCAGCAAGCUCGCCUGAAAUUUCUCAAACGUUCGUUAUUCCCAUGGCUGCAAUACAGUUCCCCUUUCCACUCGUUGGGUCACUCAAUGUAGCUCUUUAGGAACAGGGCCUACCCCCAGGCAUUGGUCUACUUUACCUUCCCGCUCCUUCGUUCCUAUUGAAACAGCUAUCGAUUUUGUCGGUUGAUCUUCACGAGAUUGCUUCAAUUCCUUGCAGAGGUGCGGACUAACUAACCAAAAGAUAUAUUUUGACUUAUACUCGCAUCUUGCUGUAGUUCUGAUCUCUUUCUAAGAUAUUCUGUAGUUAGAUCACGAGUUUUCUGUACGUUAUUGAUUAAGCUAGAGUAUUUACAUCCUGUGGUGUUGCUUCUUUAAUUGUUAAAUGGAUCGGGGAUUUAGAAUUCUUUGUCAGGGUGAAACAAGAAGGUUGUUAACAUUAUUAGGAGUAACAGCUAUUCUGGUUUUAGUGGUUCAGUAUGCUGAACUUCCAUAUGGAAAAAUGUUGUCCCUGAUUCCUUCUAUCCGCAAGAUAAGCAAUUCCCAAAUGGAAACGUCAUUGGGUUACUCUGAAAGAGAAGGCAACAAUAAUCGCUCAAAUGCUAACUCUAUUAAUGCAUUUGAAGCCAUGGCAAGUAGUCCUGCUCCUGAGGCCUAUGAAGGUAGAAGCUCGGGGUUUGAAAAUGCUGGCGGUUCAAUUAUGGCUCCUGGUUCUGGGCUUGCUUCAGAGACUAAGAACUUUACAGCUAACGGUGUCAGUUCGCCUGUAAACAAUAUUGAAUUCACUACACGAGGGAUUGAAUCUCCCUCAUUUGCCCCCAGCAGAGCACCAUUAGGUUCCGAAACUGAGUCAAGAAGUCCCACGAUAUCUGUCCCUUCAAAUGCAACUUCUGUGAAAUCAGAUGCUGCUAAGCAAGCCAACAACAAUGACAAGCCGGGUUUUUCGCAAGGCAAUAGUUCAAUGUCCAGGAAAGAUAACCGCAUAACUGCAAAGACCUCAAACAAGCGGCCUUCAGAAGUAGUUUCAAUAUCAGAGAUGAACUUAAUGCUGCAGCGAAGUCAUGCUUCAUCCAAGCUAGUGAAUCCAAGAAAGGCUUCAGGUGUUGAUCAGCAAAUAGUGCAAGCAAGAUUAGAGAUUGAAAAUGCCCCCAUCAUCGAGAAUGAUUCAAGAUUUAACUCACCUAUUUAUAGGAACGCCUCCAUUUUCAAAAGGAGCUACGAACUAAUGGAGAAGAUGCUCAAAGUUUACAUCUACCAGGAUGGAGAUAAACCAAUUUUCCACGAGUACUUAUUGGAUGGAAUAUAUGCCUCCGAAGGAUGGUUCAUGAAGCUGAUGGAGGCAAACAAACAAUUUGUCACUCAAGACCCUGGGAAGGCUCACUUAUUUUACAUACCUUUCAGUUCAAGAUUGUUACAGUUGACACUAUAUGUACGAAAUUCUCAUAGGCGUUCAAACUUGAUCGAGUACAUGAGAAACUACGUGGACAUGAUUGCAGCAAAACAUCCUUUCUGGAAUAGAAAAAAUGGAACAGAUCACUUCGUUGUUGCUUGCCAUGAUUGGGCUCCUGCAGAGACACGUGGACGCAUGCUUAAUUGCAUCAGAGCCCUGUGCAAUGCGGACAUAGAAGUAGGGUUCAAGAUAGGGAAGGAUGUUUCUCUCCCAGAAACAUACGUGAUCUCAGCUCAGAAUCCUCUGAAAAAUAUAGGAGGAAAUCAUCCUUCCCAGAGGCCUAUCCUGGCUUUCUUUGCAGGCGGUAUGCAUGGUUAUCUUCGGCCUAUUCUGCUGAAGUAUUGGCAGAACAAGGAAGCUGACAUGCAAAUAUCUGGUCCAUUGCCACAUGUGAGGGGCAACGCCAAUUAUCUGCAGCUCAUGAAGAACAGCAAAUACUGCAUCUGUGCAAGGGGUCAUGAAGUUAAUAGCCCUCGAGUGGUAGAGGCUAUAAUCAAUGAAUGCGUUCCAGUUGUCUUAUCAGACAACUUUGUGCCGCCAUUCUUUGAGGUUUUGAACUGGGAAUCUUUUGCUGUGAUUGUGACUGAGAAAGAUAUCCCUAAUUUGAGGAAUAUUCUGUUGUCCAUCUCAGAGGAGAGGUAUUUAGAGAUGUACAGGAGGGUGAAACAGGUACAAGAGCAUUUCCUCUGGCGUGCUGAGCCUGUGAGGUAUGAUUUGUUUCAUAUGAUUCUUCACUCUAUUUGGUAUAAUAGGCUUUUCCAAACAAGGCACUGAAUCACUUUGUAGAAAACUGUAGCACAUAGACUUUAUAAGCGUUGACGGACGAAAGAAGAAAGUAGAGAAAAUGUAGCUUCUUGUUGCUUUCAUGGCACAAAGGUCGGUUAAUUAUACAUGACUUUCUGUACAACUUGUAUUCUGGAAUCUAGAGCUGAACGGAGAGGUAAGGGAAAUUUGUAUUGACAGAAAUUUCAAACAUGCCAUUCUCGUC